AUGCAAGAUGCAAAUUCAUCAGAAAACACUCACGGAUCAUAUGAAAAGACCGAUCCCUAUAAAUACGGAUGCAUCAUGUACAUGCAUUUAGCAAAUUACGGGGCGACCCAGAUUUCAUUGGUGGUUGGCAUGAGUCUGUCAACUGUCAAGUACAUCAUUAAGAGAGUGGACGAGACAGGAUUGCCCGAGCCAAGAAAAGGGUCCGGACGACCUAGAAAGAUUGAUGAGAGGACAGAAAGACACCUUGUUCAAAUAGUUUGUAAGGACCCCUUUGCCUCAUUUUCUAGGCUAAGGGCUUCCUUAAAGAACAUGGAGAUAUUUGUCUGCAGAAAGACAAUAAUCAGUUGUCUGAAGCAUUUGGGCUUCGGAUCAUAUAUCGCAGCUCACAUAACUUCUUCCCUUGGUUCCAAAAUCUUUUGCGGGAACAAAACAGGAGCUUCGUGUUCCAAGAGGACAACGCCAGCUGUCAUACUGGGUCGUACUCAAGGUAGUGGAAAGAUAGCCAUGAGAUCGGAGGUUUUGACUACUGGCCCGCUCAAAGCCCAGAUCUCAACCCCAUCAAGCAUCUCUGGUGGGCUCUCGAGAGGCACAUGA